GUCGGCGGCCGCGGCGGGAGCGGGGGUGCCGCCAGGACGCGCACCACGUAGGGGCCGGCGGCUCUGCGAAGCUGCCACGUCUGCUCCCCGAGGGCCGACCCAUACUGGGGAUAUCCUGUGUGAGCCUCUCCCGAGCUCUUGUCCUGCGGUGAACGCCCGGUCCGUGGGAGCACCUUCGGCCUAGUGCCGCGCCCGCCCUUUCGAAAGGCCGUGGAAAGGUCGGGGUGGGCUCAUCUUAGCGUACCUUUACCCCGAUUUGAGGUCCGUGGGCCGCCCUUCGCAGUGCCCGGCCAUCCCAUUGGCUGACGUCGUUUCAGUCACCACCUCAUGCCAUGGAGGUCCCCUGAUCUAUACCACAGUGCAGGCAUGAAAGGCUGCACCAUCUGGGGUUUGUCACGUCCACGAUGGGCACCCCAGCCUCUGUGGUGAGCGAGCCACCUCCCUGGCAGGCCCCGAGGGAGGCCCGGGGCCGCAAGCAGGCCUCGGCCAACAUCUUCCAGGACGCUGAGCUGCUGCAGAUCCAGGGCCUGUUUCGGCGCAGUGGGGACCAGCUGGCCGAGGAACGCGCGCACAUCAUCUGGGAGUGCGCAGGGGACCACCGUGUGGCCGAGGCCCUGAGGAGGCUGCGCAGGAAGAGGCCUCCAAAGCAGAAGCCCCCAGGCCACUCGCUACACCACUGCAGCAGACUCAGGAGCCCCGAGCCCCGCUUCCCCCUGGCCGGCUCACAGAGUGGUACCACAGUGACCUCCAGUGAGCAGUAUCUGACCUCCAGGAGGACAAGUGCCAGGAUCCGCCGGAACUGGAGGAAGCCAGGCCCCACAGGCUACCUUCACCAGAUCAGGCACUGAUCCAGAGAAGGGGCCUGCAAUGGUGACAUCUCCUUGAGGAACACAGGGACUUUGCCAAAGGGCCUGGGAAGGCGAAGAGGCUUGAGGCAGGUGGCCCUGGCCAGUGAGAAAGCGGGAGAAACCGCUGCAGCUGGCUGCUCCGUUCCCAGCAGGACUGGAGCCUCCCACUGAGCUGGUACAUGGGACCCACUUCUCAGCCCUUCCCACUCCACCACUCCCCCUGGCUACAUGGUGUGCCCAGGAGUGAGGUGCCGGGCACGAGAAGCAGCAUCUCACCACUUCUGCUACCCCAUGCUACGAACCCUCGUGACCACGGCCCAACAGCCAGACCACACCCCUGUGCCAUCGGGCAGCACAAAGAAACUGGCUUAAGUGGCAAUAAACCACUUGCAUCAAGAACCCAUGAAUCUGGGAGCCAGCAGGUAGCAUGGUGGUUAAUGGCGCUGGACUCUCACAUGGCCUAGCCUAUCAUGGCUCAAGUCCCAGACUUGGUGGCUUGCUUU